CUUUUGCUCCCUCAUUGGUCAGAUGCAGGCUCGUUCAGAGACACUUGAAAACCGCUGGCUGUGUAAUGUCUUUACUUUUCCCCGCCACGCGCUCGCUGUCGCACUGACGUAGCGUUAAGAAGGCAGGACGCGCAGCGCGAUUGGGAUAGAAAUGCAGCCCUCCAACGUCCCAAAUUACUUUAAUCUCUCUCCGUUUAGGAAAUUACAGCCAUACAAUCUGCUUAUUCUGUCAAGUUAUUAUCCGUGAGAAUUCGCUUUUUUCGCCAUGAGCUGCUUGGAUGUUAUGUAUCAAGUGUAUGGUCCACCACCUCAGCCUUAUUUUUCCGCAGCGUAUAGCCCAUAUCAUCACCAGAAAUUGGCAUUUUAUUCCAAAAUGCAAGAAGCGCAAGAGAGCAUCAGCGGGGGAAGCUCGUUCUCGAACCUCGCGGGUCCGACGAUUAAGGAGGAGGACUGCGCGCGCGAGAAAGAUCACCCUCCGGAGGCCGAGUACCUGAACUCGCGGUGCGUGCUCUUCACCUACUUCCAGGGGGACAUCAGCUCAGUGGUGGACGAGCACUUCAGCCGGGCCCUCAACCAGCCCACCAGCUACGUCCCCGGGUCGGUCAGCAACAAGUCCGCACGAGAUGGAUCAUUCCCGAUGAGCCAGAGGAGUUUCCCCCCGUCCUUCUGGAACAGUGCGUACCAGCCCUCCUCCAUGAGCAGUGCUAUAGGAGCCUCCCACUCAGAGAUACCCUUCCCUGGGGACCCUUACUCCUCCGCCUCCCUACACAGCCACCUCCACCAUGCUACCCCAGAGCCCUGGCACCACUCACACCACCACCACCACCACCACCCUUACUCACUUGGCGGGGCCAUCGGCACCCAGGGCUCCACCUACCCUCGACCCAGCAUGCACGAGGUGUAUGGCACGCACUUUGACCCCCGCUACAGUUCUCUGCUGGUGCCCUCCGUCCGGCCGCACCGGCUCCCUCCAUCCACUGUCCCCGGGCCGAGCGCCUCACCGUGUGACAUUGGGAAGAGUGAGCCAACCAGCUCGGCCUGGACCGGGACCUUCACCGGGGCAGGGGCAGACAUUAGCCAGAGCAUCGGCCUCAAUGUGGACGCAGGUCUGCAGGCCCAGGAUAAGAGCAAGGACUUGUACUGGUUUUAAAGCUCUGCUGCCCUCCAGGCCUGAGCUGGCCUCUGUGUUUCUCUGCACUGUGUGAUAUUGACAGACAUUUUCUGUAACAGAUUCUAAUCUCACUUGCAGCUCGACGCUACACCCUCUGUGGCGGAAACAUCCUCAGCUGAAAUUACGCCAUUGUGGAUACCAUCUGCUGGAAAUGCAGUGGACAAGGGAGAUAAUCUAAAACUGAGUCUCUCCUACUUAAGAGAAAGGAGGGCUGGACAGCAUGCCAGAAAUACUAAGUGGUGUGACUGACAACUUUUAUCUGGCCAAGACUGAACAUUUUCAACUCCUCCAAAGAGGACACUUGUUUAAAAAUAAAACAAAUAUGGUGAAUGUGUGAAACUGGAACAUCAAAAAUGAGAUUUGACAAGAGCAUAGUCAGAGACUGGACAAACACUUUUUGCCAUUGUUGUUUUUCUAUCCGUGAAAGGAGAGAAGCAAGAGAGAGGAGCAUUCUCUAACAUGACUGAAGUGAGCACUGGCUAUUUGAAGCCACUUGACUCUAUCUAUAUUGCUCCCCAGCAGCUGUCAACGACAACUGUUUCAGAACUCAACGGACACACACAAUCGUAGUGUCACUGCACAGUGUUUGACGGGGGCUCCAGACUUCAUAAAAGGAGCAUUUUGUCAAAUCUGGACCCUGACCCACAGGGAACAACUGGUUUGACUGGUGAUUUUGAGGGGGAAGGGUGGACAGGUGGUAGCAGAAGUGGACACACACAACUGUGCUAUGUAUGUAUGUCUGUGUGCGAUCUAUGGGCAGCUCAAUACAUGUGUAGGAUCUUAAUUUGAUCACCCUGUUGCAGGAUAACUUUUUUCUAACUUGUAGCGUAUUUGAGGUUUAAAAAGGCUUCUGAAGUUUGUAAUUUCCACUUUGAAAUUUCAGAGUUGAUUUUCCCUUACGAAAAUUGAUCAAUCCCUACACAAAUGUCCAUUAUAAUCCACAUAAUAAUUCACAUUUCCUGUUGCUGCAGGAUUAUUUUCCCGCUUUACAAAUUUUGGCUCAAAUUAAGAUCCUACAUCUGUGAUAAUGUUGUAUUUAAGAUUUGGAUCUUUAUAAACUUAUUCCUCAUUGUUUUUCAGUCAUCCCAGGUAUAAUGCAAAGUCAAACGAUUACCCAUUUAAUAUUGUAUUGUGAACAUAUUAAUAUAUUGCCUUUUAAAGUAUUUUUUCUUGAUACAGUUCUAAUGUAAUGUCAAUGUGUUGCCUGUAACUAUAAAGCAACGGAACAAUAUGAUUAAAACCCAAAUAUAGGCUCUGAUUGUUUAGGCGAACAUGUACACGGCAGAUAUGGGUGAUCUUUAGAAAAUACAAUUUCAUAGACAGUCCAAUUGAAAACUAUUAUGUUUGAUGAUGUGUCAGUCUAUUAUUCUGGUUCAUUUCUUCAAUGAUAUUAUAUUGUACAACAUCCAUAUCUUCCAGCCAUCUGUAAGCACAACUUAAGUGUUACAUUUUUACCCUCCACUAAUGCAUUGUCAAUGUACUGGGGUUCACAGUCAUCUUAUUUUCUUUCUCCCCUCUUAACCUUUUACUGCAGUGGGCUAAAUCAGGGUCAAACAGAGUGUUUCUGGGUAGUCUUAAACAAAUCUACUUUGAAACAAAAGUAUACACCUCACACACAUGGUUAUGGGCUUUAAAAAAGAAGACACCUGUACCUUGUCAGAUAUAGAUUUGAAAUGUAUUACAUUUUGAGUUUGUAUCCCAAUACUUCACUUUAUAUACAUCACAGAAAACUAAAAUAUAACAAAACGGUUUGACAUAGAAACACCAGAUUUUCAUCGUAAAAAAAAAAACUUUAUUAAUGAGAACAUUAUAACAAAUAUCAAUAACGUUCCACCCAUGAAGCCAAAGAGGCUUUUGGCCAAUGACUGCAGGAAAGGGCUACAUCAUUCUCUUGUAGAUAUUGUCAAUGCUAAUGCUUCAACUUUUCAGUGCAAAGACAUUCUGUAUGUCUAAAGGGAAUUCAAUACCGUACACCAGCAAAAGUGUAUGAAGUAUUUGUACAGAGUAGUAUU